AGCAGCUCAUACUGAAUCACGUCUUUUGCCGCUAAAACCAAACUCGCUUCGGCUGCUACACUGACAAGCUGCUAGGCUGUGGAUGAAAGCUUCAGGAAAGAAAUCAGCUGCUCAAAAUGGGAAUCACUGGACUGCUGCAGUUCAUCAAAGAUGCAGGAGAGCCCAUCAGUGUAAAGAAAUACAAAGGCCAGACUGUGGCUGUGGACACGUACUGCUGGCUGCAUAAAGGAGCAUUUUCAUGUGCUGAGAAGCUCGCUAAAGGAGAACCAACUGACCAGUACGUGUGGUACUGCAUGAAAUUUGUGGACAUGCUGUUGAACUUCAGUGUCAAACCCAUAUUGGUGUUUGAUGGACGUAAUUUACCUUCCAAACAUGAAGUGGAAAAAUCGCGCAGAGAACGCAGAGAAACCAACCUUCAGAAAGGCCGACAGCUGCUGCGGGAAGGAAAACUGUCUGAGGCCAGAGACUGUUUUACCCGCUGUGUUAACAUUACCCCAGCCAUGGCUCAUAACCUAAUAAAGGUUGCCAGGGCACGAGGGGUGGACUGCGUCGUGGCUCCAUAUGAAGCGGAUGCUCAGUUAGCUUACCUCACUAAGUCCGGUCUGGCCCAGGCUGUCAUUACAGAAGACUCUGACCUGCUGGCUUUUGGCUGCAAAAAGGUAAUCCUCAAAAUGGACAAGGAGGGUAACGGCCUGGAGAUAGACCAAGGUAACCUGGGCCGCUGCCGCCCUCUGGGGAACAUUUUCACAGAAGAGAAGUUUCGUCACAUGUGCAUCCUCUCUGGCUGCGAUUAUCUGGCCUCACUGCACGGCAUCGGCCUGGGCAAGGCCUGCAAGCUGCUGCGGCUGGCCAAAGACCCUGAUAUCCUCAAGGUGAUCAGAAAGAUGGGCCAGUACCUGAAGAUGAGUCUUGUUGUCCCUGACGAGUACAUUGAGGGAUUCAUCAGAGCCAACAACACCUUCCUCUACCAGCUGGUGUUUGAUCCAGUCGGGAGGAAAGUCAUCCCCCUAAACCCGUACCCAGAGCACAUCGACCCAGCAACCCUCAGCUACGCUGGAGUUAACCUAGGAGAUGAAAAAGGCUUGCAGAUGGCCAUGGGCAACGUUGACAUCAACACAUUGAAGAAAAUAGACGACUUCAACCCAGACAAACCUAUGCAACAGGCUUCUAAGCCCCGCAGUCACAGCUGGAACAGAUCACCAGCUUCCACCAGGUCAAGUAUCUGGAGCAAAGGCUUCAAGCCUGGAUCUGCUGCCCCACCACAGUCUGCUGCUGCCUCCCCUGACACGCCUCCCUCCACCAGGGGGAAGGAGAGAGUCGUCAGCCUGGACGGUCUGAGGCUGCCCUGCAGAGAGCUGCAGGUGAAGAGACCACGGGAAGACUCUGGUAUAUCAGACCAGGAUGUGCUUCAGCAGUACUCUGCCUUCAGUCCCAAGAGAUCCAGGUCAGAAAAGCAGCCAGACAAGCCGACAUCGACCAGUCAGCCCCGUCCACGCAACCGCUUUGCCACCCUGCUGCAGAGGAGAAACCAGGAAACUGAGGAGGAUGGAGACGGCACAUGCAGCAGAUUCUUCAGCAGUUCGACUUCAGCAGACUGUGUGAGCACUAAGAAGUCCACUCAGCAGGAUUCACAUCAGGAUGUGGAGCCCAGAUCUUUGAGUCCUACUCAGGACGAGUCUCCCGGCACCAAGGCCGAUGAUAGCGAUGCCCCUGAUGUUUCAUCUGUUGACACCCCCAGUCCCCCUCAGUCACCAAACACCACGUCUCCCAGUUCAGCCAGUCAGGGCCUCAGGUUGUUUAACUGGACAAGCAGCUCCCCCUCGACAGAAAGAUCGAGAACACCUAAGUCCACCUCAGGCCUGGGUGCCCUGCAGCAGUUUCAGUAUAAAAAGGAGACGUUUAUGUCGUUCACAAAGACACGCAGCUCUAUUGCAGAUCCACCACCGCGCCUGUCAUCCACUGAGGAAAACCAAAAGAACAAUGAUGACCUCACAGACUCCCCCCCUUCCCAGGACAGUGCAUACUUCUCACAGUCCCAGCCUCACAUCACUUCCUGUCCCAAAGAGGAGGUCCCCACCUACAGCUUCCCCACCUCCCACCAGGAGGAUGCUGCAUGUGAUAUGAAUUCAAGCAAAGAUCCAGAGAGUGAACAAAGUCCCACACACUCACCAGUAGUAGAAAUGAAACCCAGCAUGAUGAGAUCAAAGGUUUCAGGUCUGUCCAAACCAAAGUCCAGCAGCCAGGGUCAAGCAGCCAAAGUGGGGAUGUUGGGCCCAGCCAGGGCCAGCGGUCUGAGGAAGAAGAAAAACUCCUCCACCAACAAUGAGAACAGCCCUGGUGUCCAGGCCACAAUCAGCAGCCUGUGGAAGAAUUUCAGCUUCAAAAAAGAUUCUCAAAAGAUGACUCCCUUGUCAAAAGGAAAGCCCAUGUCUCCAGUCAAAGAUAACCUGCUGGCCAGCUCCCCUCAGACGGACAUAAACGUAAUAACCAGCUUCUGAUCCAUAUUCUGAAUGUCUCCCACAGUGCUGAGUACGCCCUGUGUGGGACUGAAGCUUUUAAACAUACCAUGUAUGUCCAGGAUUUCUUGCUAACGUGUAUGUAUUUUUUUUUGUGUAGUUUUAAAUAAAGAUACUCUGAGUUGAGCCAA